AGUGUAUGUGUAUGGAAGAUGUGGUUUUGCAACGAGAUCUGCGUCCCACGUUGCCGACCGGUGAAAGAGUGAUCUUUAAGCUUUACUCUAUCUCAAAACAUGCAAAACAAUAAAGCAUUCACACUCUUCAUCUUCCAGUAAACCCUUCUUCACUCUCAUCAAACAAACUUUCAUUCAUUUCACUUGCAUUCGUCAACGCGCCCAGCUCCAAAACGCCAGACCCCAAUGCCGUUUUGAUCCCAUUCAAUACGGUUUCCGAUGGGUCACGUUAACCUCCCAGCCUCAAAGCGCGUGGGUGGCCCUCGUCAGUGGCGCCUGCUGGACGUCGUCACCGCGGCGUUCUUCGGCCUCGUCUUCCUCUUCUUCGUCCUCGUCUUCACGUCCCUGGGGGACUCGCUCGCCGCCUCAGGCCGCCAGACGCUGAACCUCUCCGCUUCCGAUCCGCUUCGGCGCCCCCGCGUGUCGGCGGUCAUUGAGGCCGGUCAGCCGCACGUAAUCGAGGCCUGCCCCGCUGACACCGCCGACCACAUGCCGUGCGAAGAUCCGAGGCUGAACAGCCAGCUGAGCAGGGAGAUGAAUUACUACCGAGAGAGGCACUGCCCGCCGCUGGAGAACACGCCGCUCUGCCUCGUCCCGCCGCCCCGUGGGUACAAGGUGUCGGUGCAGUGGCCGGAGAGCUUGCACAAGAUAUGGCAUAGCAACAUGCCAUACAACAAGAUUGCUGACAGGAAAGGUCACCAGGGAUGGAUGAAGAUUGAAGGUCCGUACUUUAUAUUCCCUGGAGGUGGCACAAUGUUUCCAGAUGGAGCAGAGCAGUACAUUGAAAAACUUGGUCAAUACAUUCCAAUGAAUGGUGGUGUUCUGAGGACUGCUCUUGAUAUGGGAUGUGGGGUUGCCAGUUUUGGAGGAUAUUUACUAGCUCAAAACAUAUUAACCAUGUCUUUUGCUCCAAGAGACUCACACAAAUCACAGAUACAAUUCGCUCUUGAAAGAGGAGUACCGGCUUUUGUUGCCAUGCUUGGUACUCGCAGACUACCAUUUCCUGCAUUUGGCUUUGACUUGGUCCAUUGCUCUCGGUGUUUAAUCCCUUUUACAGCCUACAAUGCAAGUUAUUUCAUUGAAGUGGACAGAUUACUUCGCCCUGGUGGAUAUUUAGUCAUUUCUGGUCCCCCCGUUCAGUGGCCUAAGCAAGAUAAAGAAUGGUCAGAUCUUCAGGCUGUGGCAAGAGCUUUGUGUUAUGAACUGAUUGCUGUAGAUGGUAACACUGUGAUCUGGAAAAAGCCGGCAAGGGACAUGUGUCUCCCCAACCAAAAUGAAUUUGGUCUUGGCAUGUGUGAUGAUUCAGAUGACCCAAAUUUGGCAUGGUACUUCAAAUUGAAGAAAUGUGUCACUAGGGUGUCUUCUAUCAAAGGUGAAUAUACUGUUGGUACAAUUUCCAAAUGGCCAGAAAGGCUCACUGCUCCUCCAGUAAGGUCCACGAUCCUAAAAAAUGGUGCUGAUGUAUAUGAGGCUGACACUAAGCGAUGGGUAAGAAGAGUUGCAUUCUAUAAGAAUUCUCUAAAAAUAAAGUUGGGGACUCCAGCAAUACGCAAUGUUAUGGACAUGAAUGCAUUUUUUGGGGGAUUUGCGGCAGCACUGAAUUCUGAUCCUGUGUGGGUAAUGAAUGUUGUUCCAUCUCACAAGCCACCAACUCUUGAUGCAAUCUUUGAUAGAGGCCUUAUUGGAGUCUAUCAUAAUUGGUGUGAACCUUUCUCAACAUAUCCUCGCACCUAUGAUCUGAUCCAUGUAACAAACAUCGAAUCACUUAUAAAGGAUCCCGCCUCUGCCAAAAACAGAUGUAACCUUGUUGAUUUGAUGGUGGAAUUGGAUCGAAUUUUACGCCCAGAAGGAACUGUGGUGGUGAGGGAUACCCCUGAAGUAAUUGAAAGAGUAGCUCGUGUUGCACAUGCAGUGAGGUGGAAGCCCACUAUAUAUAAUAAAGAACCCGAAUCACACGGCAGGGAGAACAUUCUAGUUGCAACCAAGACCUUGUGGAAGCUCUAAUGCUCAUCCCACUAACAUAGCUGCUUAAUUUAGGUAAAAUUUCCUUCCCACCGUUUCGGUGGAUGAGGUUUUUAAGGCUACCUUCUCUGUGCAUCAAAGGGAUGCAGUUUCCUUUCCUGUUCAGUGUUUAUAUUAAGAGAGAGUAAGGUUAGGAUCUGAGAAAAUGAAAAAGAUGUGAGGAUUUUGUGCAGUUUUAUAUGGAAAGCACAAGCUAGUGUUAUAUUUUCUCUAUAGCCAUAAGGAUAACUUGUAAUUCAGUACUUUUAUUUAUCAUUGUUUAUUUAUUGGAAACAUCCAUCACUGA